CCCACGGUAUCAACCAGUGUACCUGAGAGGAGAGGUGUGGUUAUUGAGCAAGCAGACAUGUACAGCAGUGUCCUAGCCCCACUCAUGGAGGAGGCUGAGAAGGAGGAGGCCAGGCAGAAGGAAAAUCCAAGCCAUAAAGGUGGAUGUGAGAAAAAUGUAUCACCUAGGAUAGUAGUGGGUGUGGUAAUUGAGUACACACGCUCUCUGGGUGCUGUCGGAGUGACUGUUCAACAUUUUCUCUAUGAGUUGGUAAUUAAUGCUCUGGUGCGAGCGCAUCAAUUCUACCAGCUACACCAGCUUCUCCAGUACCAUGUUUUGGCUGACUCAAAACCUUUGGCCUGUCUGCUGUUGUCUCUUGUUGGUGUUUAUUCUGCUGGGCAGCAGCUGAGCCUGGACAUGUUGUGUCGCCUUAACACAGCUCACGAUGAGAUUAUUGAAGUGCUACUCUCUCAGCACCAGGUCACCCCAGCACUCAGGUAUGCUCGGAGUGUGGGACUCGGAGAGACAGUGUCAGCUCGUAAAUUUCUGGAGGCUGCCAUGGUGAGUGGCAACCCACAGGUGUUUUACUCCACCUUUACCUUUUUUGUGCUUCGCAACACAAGACUUCGUGGCAGUGCAACUUUUGCUAAAGAUUCGUUUGGUAUCGGCGCUCGAGCAACCUUCUGGAACAAAUUAAGUGAACACUGUGAUGUUUAUGUUGAACAUUAUAAGAAGCUGUUUGGUGAUGUUCCUGAAUAUGGAACUCUGCAGUCCUAGAGCAAGCAUGGCCAAGACAUCAUUAAUAAGAAAUUCUAUAAAAUAAUUUACUUGGUUAAUAUAUAUGUUUCUCAAUUUACAGUAAGAUUAAUUUUUUAAAAAAUAGAGGGUCUUUAAUUUAAUUUCUGUUUAUCAACACAUAGUUACUUAUUUGUAUUAUUGCUUGAUCUUUGUAGGUCACAAUUAAAAAUCCUCUCUGUUUGCUUGGUUUUUGUACAUAUCCUUCAAUUAUCUCAUUUUCACAUUAUGUACUCUGUAUAUCACCAAUGGAGUAAGAGGUAAGGAAGGAAGUCUAGAAUACACCCAGUAUUAAGUAGGUGUAUUAUAUGAGGCAUUGCAUGGCAGAAAAGAACAAGAUGAUUCUUUAAUAUGUCAUCUUUUUGUGGGAAUGUGUAGAUAUUGUCUUCUACAUCUGUAAGUUAGGCACACAGCCCAUAACAAAGUAUGGUAACUUAAGUGUCAUAGUUCUAAUCUCCCCUAUACCUGGUUUUUUCUCCGUUGUUUGAA